GUUACGUCAAGAAAAUAGGCAGCUUAGAGAUGAAAUCGGUAUUAAAAAAGCUAGAAUUAAUGAAUUAGAAAAUCAGAUCGAACAGGUAAAAAGCGAAAAGAAUCGAGAAAUUGAAAAGUUGAAUAAUCAAAUCGCUAGGAUGCAGAUAGAUGUCGAAGAAGCU